AUGAACAAUCUAUUUUCAAAUGAUGCAAAUCUUUAUCUCAAGUACGGUAUUCAUGCUAUGCACUCCAAGUUGGCAUCUACCGCAAAUCUGAGUACCCGAAGGUCUUUAGUGCUUCCAGAAGAUGGACAUGGGAAUGCUGUUGUUGAGACACUUGCUACUCAUAGGGAAUACAUGCAAACUGUCUCCUCGAGUGAAUCUUCCCUGACUUCUCCUAUGUUGAUAGAAAAGCCAAAAGACGAAUAUACUCGUAUGAAGGAGGCAAACGAUAAAGAUUGGUUUUUCGAACUGAAGAUUGAGAAGUGUAUGAGUGCAGCAUCUGCAGCGAAGCAGUUGGGCCGAAGAUGUAUCUUGAUUGAAGAUCAUAAAAUGACCGUUAUCAAUUUCAUUGAAGCUAAUCCAUUUGCUUCUGUUGUUGAAGUGGCCAAGAAUUUAUUGAACCAAUUCCAUGAUCUUAAAGUUUCUUGUAGCACUAUUUAUAACUUUAUGAGAAGUGAAUGCAACCUUUCGUUGAAGAAAGCAGAUUUCCACUCUAUUGAACGAAACAGUCCGGCAAAAAUUGAGGAACGAUACAAUUGGGCCAACUACGAGACCAAACACAACGUCUAUGUUGGGUGCUAUCUCUGCAGCAGGUUUGAUAACAGUCGGCGUAAAAAACCCAGGCCUGCCAAGAAGAGAGAGGCUGAAGGAUACAUAAGCUCAGGAACUGUAACGAGUCACCAAAUCAGUUUCUUAAAAAUUACGCUUGAUGAAAUGGACAAACAUCCACAUAUGAAAGGUCACUAUGUAGUGAUGAAUAAUGCACCUAUUCACAUGCAUGAAAACAUAAAGAAGUACAUUGAGUAUCGAGGGUAUAAAUGUGUGCAUCUUCCUAUCUACUCUCCUGAGCUUAACCCAAUUGAACAAUUCUGGGCCGUGGCAAAGAGUAGGGAUGCUUCCAAAAUCAAUGUAAAAAAAAAUCUUGAGCGUAAGCGUAAGCGUAAGUGUCCAUAUACAACCACACUUACACCAAAUCUCUCUCGCGCAGCAUGGAUCCGUUUUUGGAAACUCAGAAUUCCUCAUGAUAGUCGUACCAUCUGGUUGAAGGUCCUGUGGGGGCGCCUGCCUACUCGAUCUUUUGUUUUUCAAAAGACUGGCAAUUUUGUCGACGACAACAUUUGCCCCAUAUUCCUGUCGGUCAUAGAUACCUCUGAUCACUUCCUCAUCAACUGCCCCAAAAAACGACUGAUACGGAGUAUCAUCCUCUCUCAGGUAUGCCCGCGCUGGUCUCUGGCAAGGAUGAACACUCUCUUUACCACGUUAACUUUUGCUGAUACUUUCAUCUCCAAACACGCAAAAUCUCUAAUUGUAGCCUCUACAAUUCAUGCCAUCUGGCGAGCUCACUGGGCCUCUGUCAUAGACGAACAGAUCUUCCUUCCGGGUGUGAUAGCAGCCAAGACACUAGUGGUGAUAAGGCGCUUCCUGGAGUAG